AUGUUGUUCUCUGCUCUAGUAUGCUUUAUUGGUGCAGUAUUAAGUUUAACAUCAGCAGCUAAACCAUGGGAAGAAGAAACAAGAGAUCAGGCAUGGUUCGAUAGACAUAAUGCAUUUGUUUUACAAACACAAACAAAUGCCUCAAAUAUUCGUGUAGUAUUUCUUGGCGAUUCCAUCACAGCCGGUUGGUUAAGUGGUGCUCGUUCUAUAUGGAAUCAACAUUAUGCAUCUCGAAAUGCUGUUAAUUAUGGUAUUGGUGGUGAUCGUACACAACAUAUUCUCUGGCGUAUACGUAAUGGUGAAUUGACUGGUUUGAAACCAAAAUUAGUUGUGUUAAAAAUCGGUACCAAUAAUAUUGGAGCUGAUACAGGUGAUGAUAUUGCUAAGGGUAUUGAAACAAUCGUUCGAGAUAUUCGUACAAUGUUACCACAAACAAGAAUAUUAUUAUUGGGUGUUCUACCACGAAAUAAUGGACGAUUUAAUGAUAAGAUAACACGAGUGAAUACGGUUAUAUCCGCUCUCGAUGAUUCAUAUUGGAUUAAGUAUUUAGAUAUGACUUGGUCAUUUCAAAAUUCUGUUGAUCAAGUUAAACCAGAACUCUUCACUGCCGAUUUAUUACACUUGGCUGUACCAGGUUAUCAAAUGUGGUAUCAAACAAUGGAACCACUAUUCUAUGAUAUGUUACAGUAUUAG